AUGCCAGCUGAUGUUUGUUAUUUAAUUACGGCGCAGUCCCUUUAAAAAAACCCUUCCGCUGAUGCUGCUCACAAAUGCCCGUGGCGCAGUAUACGGACUUCCUCCUGGGAGGAAUAGCGUCGAUGGGAGCGACGGUGUUCACUAAUCCCUUGGAAGUCAUCAAGACCAGGAUUCAGCUUCAGGGAGAACUGGCAGCUCGUGGGACAUAUGUUGAGCCGUACAGAGGGAUCUUUCAGUCACUGAUAACAGUGGCAAAGCACGAUGGAAUUACAGGGCUGCAGAAAGGACUAGUUCCUGCUCUGAACUUCCAAUUUGUCCUCAAUGCUUUUCGAUUGGGAAUUUACAAUCGUGCCGUGGAAGCAGGUUGGACAAAGUCUCGCGGUGGGAAGGAAUCUUUCGGGCGAAAUCUCUUCUGGGGAGCAACAGGAGGAUUAGCUGGAGCUGUUCUCUCUUCUCCAUUCUUUAUGAUAAAGACUCACCUUCAGUCUCAGGCUGUAAAAGCCAUAGCUGUUGGACAUCAACAUUCGCACACGGGAAUGUCACAUGCUUUCAAGGAGAUUUACCGUGCUCAUGGUUUCAGUGGUCUCUACCGGGGAGUCCUGGCGACGAUUCCACGAGCAAUUCUCGGAAGUGGCGGUCAAUUAGCUACUUUUGGGGUUACCAAAGAUAUGAUCAAACGCCACUUAGAGAUUCAGAAUCCACUGUUUGUGUCCCUUCUCGCGGGAAUGCUUGCAGGAUCAGUGAUGGCAAUGACGAUAACACCUCCAGACGUUAUCGCUACGAGGCUGUUCAAUCAGGGAGUCGAUGAGAAGGGCAAGGGAAUCUACUAUCGAGGAGUUAUUGAUUGCUGCAUCAAAGUUGUGAGGGCUGAGGGCAUUUAUGGGCUCUACAAAGGUUUCUGGGCUACUUACCUGCGUAUAGGGCCUCAUGCUACGCUUGUGCUGAUGUUUUUCGAUCAAAUGGUCAUGUACAGAGGGAAGCUCUUUGGGAAGUGAUCCUUGUGAUAUUUGUAGUUGAAUUUUGUUAGCUAAUAAAUGUGCUUGUUUAAUUGC